UAAAAAAACAAAGUCAAUGUAAUCGAGAUUAGUCCCACCCGGAAAUGGAAAACAUUCAAAUAUCGCCAGGACAUGUCAUUAACCACUCCGGAACAGAAGUUGGCGCUGAUGCGCCGAUCUUUGGAUGGCAAAUAACCAAGAAGAAGAUCACUAAGCCCGCGAAAGUUGGCUCGUGGAAAAAAUUGCCAUACUCUGCGGCAGCAAGCCACGGACCAGUCACCGAAAAAGUAAGGUCUUCAAAUGUAUAUGUUUCUGUUCUAGUAAUUUGGGUGAUAGUUAAGUAGAACGCUGUUCUCAAACAGUAACGCAGCAAAUAUAACAAUUACAACGGCAUGUUAACGCUAGCUAUUAGUGUGUAUGUAUAGCCUUGAUAUUUGCAUCAAGUUGGGGAACGUUAGCUAGUGACACCACCAGCCGGCGGCAGCUCGCUGGAGGGCUUUAGCCCGAUGCUAAUUGAUUAGCUCGCUAUUUACUAGUAACUAACUAACGAAGUGAUGAAAAAACGGAGCGCCGACUGUUUGGACAGUCUGUUAGUACAAUUAACCACACAGCAAGCCGUGUUAUUUAUCCAGUAUUUACAUGAAAAAUUAUCCGAAAUUCAAAAACACCGCAAACACAGACGGAUUUCAGUGAUUGAAUGAGCUAGGUGUUUGCAGCCGACCGCCAGCAGUCAGCUGCCAAUCAAAGUGACGUCGCUCUUCAUUAUGCAUGAUUUUAGAUUGGGAGUCAGAAACUGACACCGAAGGGUUUUGACGCGCUGGGAGUGAGAAUGUAAUGUGGGAAAUAAGAACUAGUACAAAGUACAAAGUUAGGGCAUGUUUAGGAUUGUUUGUGUGUGUGCUUUAGAUAAUCCUAUCCUUACUUGCCAUUGUGUUUAGAAAGUGUAAUCAAAGUUAAUGUCUGCAUCUAGCACCUUUGCUUUAUGAUUGUGUGUGAUUUAUUUAUUUAUUUUUUAUUUCACAGGUUCACCGUCUACAUCAUACAUAUUCAGAAGGCUCUAUAGAUUAGGUGCAGGGAAUGUGGAGUUGUAAGGGGUGCACAGAAACUGUAGCAACAGAAACUGAGGAGAGUCUAGAAGCCAUGCGGAAAGCUUUACUCUUGGAUGUAAGGAAGAGGAACAACCGAGAGGUUGUCAAGCUCAACAUGGAAAAGACUUUCGCAUUGAGAAGACAUGAGGUUGUUCGUGAUGCACCGAUGGUGGAUGAUUUCAUGGCGAGAUGGCCUGCUUUGUUUGAAGUCAGUGAGAUCAACGCUGAAUUCAAGAGAAUCACGACUGUACCACUUCAGUCCAAGUUCUUUUCUCAGGUGGACCUCCACACUGACAACUUGACAAGGCUGUUCCAGAAGAGAGGAGGACAGCUAGGUGAACGGCUCAAAAGAAUCACUGCACAAAUUGCCAAUUGUGAUGAUGUAGAUGCUGGACGAGAGUGCAUCAUUAAAGGAGUCUGUGUCUACAUGGGCGAAGAUCCAGAUAACCUCCUACAGGAAUAUGUGAGCCUGGAUCAGAACACGAUCAACAAGGCCAUUGAAGACACUACAGUUGGUAUAUAUGUUGUCAAAGAACAUGCUUCAAGUGAUGAAGCAGAGGACAUUGGCAUUGUUCUUGAAGGCAUCAAGGUGUUACAAAACCUUGAUAAUGUAGCAUUAGGUGUUGCUGUUUUAUUUGGAUUGAUGUAUGCGCUGAACCUCAGCUAUCCUGCUGACCUCCGCUACACUUUUGAGGUAAUUCAAAAGAUCUGGAUGGAACUGGAUCGAGGGAAACUUUCCAACAGAGCACUUGCUCUGAAAAACAGGCUCCAUCAGUGAACAGUUCAGACUGGAUUGACUGCACUUUUUUUUAAGUUUUGUUUCUCAGUGACAAGUUUAUGCAGGAUUUAUUGCUUUUUGUUUACAAACCUGUUACUGUUAUUAUGUUCUAUUUGCUCUUGAGGAUGCACUGGAUGCUCAAGCUCACAUUAUAUUUUUGAAUGUACUGUGAUAGGUUCAGAUUG